CAUUGAGAACAGUAUGUGUUAUGGGAGCUAAACUUUCAGACAAUGGCUUGGAUAUAGGCUGCAAUGCUAUGCAUCUAACCAAAAUUUUGAAUACCACCCAGAAAUAGGGAGUGUAUUCAUGGUAGAGCAGAAAGUAAGGAUGUUCUGGUCUGGAGGAGUUUGCCCAUAAAGAGGAGUACUGCAUUUAUUCCAAAGUAAGUGUAAUAAUUGUCCAUAAGGACAGAAGACUUCCUAGCUGAUCUUCACUCAUGAAAGACAAGGAUCCAGAUUGCUAGCUGUUUACUGGAAUAUUUAUAGCGUAACACUGAAAUAUGGUGAAACACAGCUGGUGGACCUGUGUUCAGCGAACCUCGUGUUUUGCCACUGUUCUGCUACAUGAUAUUGAAAUUCCUGAAAUUAUCAGAUGUGGUUGUCUCAUUGACAGCAUUGAACUGUUGAAACAGUCUGCAGAAGCUAUCAGAGAAAUUGCAAAGGAAAAAGAUCUUGCAGAUGCUUUAGAAGAAGGUGGCUGUGAUCUUGAAACUGUGAGAAACAUUAUUCAAGGAAGACAACUGCCUGCUGAUCUCAGGGCCAAAGUCUGGAAGAUUGCGCUAAAUGUUGUAGGAAAGGGGGACAGCCUAGCAUCCUGGGAUGGCUCUUUAGACCUACCUGAACAGAGUAUAAUUCAUAAGGAUUGCCAAGAGCUAAUUGACCAGUUGUCAGUGCCAGAAGAGGAGAAGUCAGUACUACUUUUGGAUAUUGAGUCUGUUAUUACUUUUUACUGUAAAUCACGCAAUGUUAAAUACAGUUCUUGUCUCGGCUGGAUUUAUCUGCUCAAACCUCUGGUGCAUCUUCAUUUGACACGCAGUGAUUUGUACAACUGCUUUUAUGCUAUCAUGAAUAAAUUCAUUCCAAGGGAUUGUUCUAUGAAGGGAAGACCAUUUCAUCUAUUUAGACUGCUUCUUCAGUAUCAUGAGCCUGAACUCUGCUCCUUUCUUGAUACUAAGAAGAUGACUCCAGACUCAUAUGCACUCAACUGGCUUGGAAGCCUCUUCUCAUAUUACUGUUCAGCAGAAGUCACUCAGGCAAUAUGGGAUGGAUAUCUACAACAAGCAGAUCCAUUCUUUAUUUAUUUCUUAAUGUUAAUUAUUCUUGUCAAUGCAAAAGACGUUAUCGUCGCACAAGAAUCAGAUAAAGAAGAAAUGAUAAAAUUCUUAGAAACUUCACCAGCCAAUCUUGAUUUAGAAGAUAUAGAAGAUCUCUUCUCUUUGGCACAAUAUUACUGUAGCAAAACUCCAGCUUCUUUCAGGAAGGACAACCACAGUCUUUUUGGCAGCAGCUUGCUGGGCCUCAAAGAGGAUGACACAGACUUGAGCCAAGCUCUCUGUCUAGCAGUUUCUGUGUCAGAAAUUCUUCAAGCAAAUCAGCAGCAAGGAGAAGGAGUAAGGUUCUUUGUAGUGGAUUGUCGUCCUGCAGAGCAAUACAAUGCUGGGCAUUUAUCAACAGCAUUUCAUUUAGACUCAGAUUUGAUGCUUCAAAACCCAUCAGAAUUUGCACAAUCUGUAAAAUCCCUAUUAGAAGCACAAAAACAAUCUAUUGAGUCUGGCUCCAUAGCUGGUGGGGAACAUCUCUGCUUCAUGGGAAGCGGCAGGGAAGAAGAAGAUAUGUAUAUGAACAUGGUGCUAGCACACUUCUUACAGAAAAAUAAGGAGUAUGUAAGCAUUGCCAAAGGAGGAUUUAUGGCCCUACAGCAGCACUUAGCAGAUAUCAAUGUGGAAGGACCAGAAAAUGGAUAUGGCCACUGGAUUGCUAGUACCUCAGGCUCAAGAAGUAGCAUAAACUCCUCUGUUGAUGGUGAUUCUCCUAAUGGUUCAAGUGAUGGAAAAGGAGUAAAGUCCCUGGUGAAUAAAAUGACAGUUGCUUUAAAGACUAAAUCUGUGAAUGUGAAAGAAAAAGUUAUCAGUUUUAUUGAAAAUACAUCUACUCCAGUGGACAGAAUACCUUUCAAUAUUCCCUGGCCAGACAGAGCAAGCCUGGAGCGACAUGUAAGCAGCAGUGACAGAGUAGGAAAACCCUACCGUGGUGUGAAACCAGUAUUCAGCAUCGGAGAUGAAGAGGAAUAUGAUACUGAUGAAAUUGAUAGCUCUUCGAUGUCAGAUGAUGAUCGAAAAGAGGUUGUCAACAUCCAAACAUGGAUAAAUAAACCUGAUGUGAAGUAUAAUUUCCCCUGUAAUGAAGUAAAAGAAAAUGGACAUAUGUUUCCCAGUCAUCUCCUAGUAACAGCAACUCAUAUGUACUGUUUGAGAGAGAUUCCAUCACGAAAGGGACUGGCGUACAUACAGUCUCGACAGGCACUCAACUCUGUAGUGAAAAUCACAUCUAAGAAGAAACAUCCAGAACUGAUCACCUUUAAAUAUGGAAAUAGCAAUACUUCAGGCAUAGAAAUUUUGGCAGUUGAAAGGUAUUUGAUUCCAAAUGCAGGUGAUGCUACCAAAGCCAUAAAACAACAGAUCAUGAAAGUAUUGGACGCCUUGGAGAGUUAAUAACUAAAGACUUUUUAGAGAAUGGUUUAUAAAGAAGCAACCAAGAUACUGUAUGUGGAUACAAGCUGACUGUUUCCCAACUGAAUACUAACUUAAGAGAAUUUUUCUGUUUGCUGAUGGGAGUGCCUGAGUAGCAGGCUUAAGAUAGGGUAAAUUAUUAUCAACUUCUGAUGGGAUUUUUAAUUUUUCAAUUAUAUUGGUUUUGUUUUCAAGAAAUGUUUAUUAUAUAGGUCAGUUUGUUUCGUUUUUAAUGCAGCUUUAAUGUGAGUCAUCUGUAUCUGCAAGAGAAAAUGCAGCUAGGCUUGCAUUAAGUGUGUUAAAGCAAAGAAGCACUGCCAGAUAGAGAGAAGCAGUUGAAAACAAUGGAUUUUAAAUUUCUGUUGCUUGAAAGUAAAAUAUCUCCAUUACAUACAGUAUAUAAAUUUGACUUAG